CAUGGAUCACUUUCAACAGAUCCUCGACCAUCUCUGAAGCGUUUGUGCCACACCUUCAUUUGCGCCGCGCUCAUCGCAUCGUCCCCGAAAGCCUUCUGCGUCAUCCAAAUAGCUUCCGCGGAGGAAUGUGCAAGCUUAAAGCGAAAUUUGAAGCAGAUUCGUUGCUCUACUAGCUCAGAUAUUUUGAAUGCGACGACCACACAGUCCACGUGCUCACUAAACGGCGUCUAGUGCCCCACUGACUAGUACAGUGACAUCGUCUUUGUUCACGCAUGCGCGUCCCAGUCCAUUCUCCUUGGCUGCCGGGUUAUGUCAAUGUCAUGCAAACCGUUUUCACUGUAUUAACAAUGGCUGGAUACUUUCCGGACAGACCUCAUACAUCCGUGAUUCUUUCCUACGGUUAGAGUAAUAGAAGGGAAUUGCUGAAUCGAAGGGCAGCUCCCCAUGGACCCCAUCAGCAUCCAGCUGGGCACCCGGAACCUGUGGAGCUGGCUUGUGAGUCUGCUCAGCAAGGACCCCAAAUGGCUGAGCGACAAGAUGAGCGUCUUCUUCCCCAACACGGACCUGGGUUCCCAGAACGAGAUCCCAGACCCUGAACAGAGGGUCAUUCUGCAACUCAGAAAAUUGCACGCCCAAGGUCUAGACACCUGGCAGUCGUUCAUCCACUGUGUGUGCAUGGAGCUGGAGGUGCCCCUGGACCUGGAGGUGCCCCUGCUGAGUACUUGGGGCAGCGAAGACGGGUUCCCCAGCCAACUGGGAGACGGUGAAGAAAGCCAACCUGAAUCUCAGCUCCACCACGGCCUCAAGCGCCCUCAUCAGAGCCAUGGGUCCUCCCCUCGCCGGAAGCAGAGCAGGAAGCAACAGCUAGAGUUGGCCAGGAGGUACCUGCAGCUCCUGAGGGCCUCUGCCCAGCAGCGCUAUGGCGACAGACUCUCUGGGUCAGGACAGCCCCUUGGCUCCCACCAGCCCUACAUCCCCCCCGUCCUGCAGUGGACCCGAGCCACAGUGCCCUUGGACACUCAGCAGGGGGCUGCCAUGGGAGACAUCAAGGCAGAAGAUGGCACUGACGUGAACAUCUGGGACCUCUUCAAUCCCAGGACCAAAAGAGGCCCAAGGGUGACAGUGCUCUUGGGGACGGCCGGCAUGGGCAAGACCAUGCUGGCCCACCGGCUCUGCCAGAAGUGGGCUGAGGGCCAGCUGGACCACUUCCAGGCCCUGUUCCUUUUCGAAUUCCGCCAGCUCAACCUGCUGACAAGUUUCCUGACGCUGCCCCAGCUCCUUUUUGAUCUGUACCUGAGCCCCGAGUCGGGCCCCGAUGCUGUCUUCCAGUACCUAACGGAGAAUGCCGAGCAAGUCCUGCUGGUCUUCGACGGGCUGGAUGAGGCCCUCCAGCCCUGCUCCGGCAGGGACACGGGAAGCCCUGAGGGCCUGGGCCCAGCCCUCACCCUCUUCUCCGGUCUCUGCCGCGGGACCCUCCUGCCCGGCUGCUGGGUGAUGGCCACCUCCCGUCCCGGGAAGCUGCCCCCCUGCCUGCCCACAGAGGCAGCCGUGGUCCAGAUGUGGGGCUUCGACAGUCCGCGGGUGGAGGAGUACGUGAGCCGCUUCUUCAGCGCCCAGCCCUCCCAGGAGGGGGCCCUGGCAGAGCUGCGCGUAAACGGACGUCUCCGGAGCAUGUGUGCGGUGCCCGCGCUGUGCCGAAUCGCCUGCCUCUGCCUCCGCCACCUGCUCCCUGGCAGUGCCCAGGGCCAGUCUGUGGCCCUCCUGCCCACCGUGACUCAGCUCUACAUGCAGAUGGUGCUUGCCCUCGGCCCCCCUGGGUGCCUGCCCACCACGACCCUGCUGGGCCUGGGGGAGGUGGCCCUGAGGGGCCUGGAGACCGGGAAGGUUGUCUUCUAUGCAAGAGACAUCCCUCCAUCCGUGAUGGCCUUUGGGACUGCCCACAGCCUGCUCAGCUCCUUCUGCGUCUGCACUGGGCCCGGGCACCGGCAGACAGGCUACGCUUUCACCCACCUCAGCCUGCAGGAGUUUUUCACUGCCCUGUACCUGAUGGCCAGCCCUGAGGUGGACAAAGACACACUCACCCACCAUGUCACCCUCAAUUCCCGCUGGGUGCUGCGGACCAAAGCCAGAGUGGGCCUCUCAGACCACCUCCCCACCUUCCUGGCGGGCCUGGCGUCCUGCGCCUGCCGCCCCUUCCUCAGCCAGCUGGCAGAGCGCGACGAGGCCUGGGUGGGCACCAGGCAGGCUGCUGUCGUGCAGGUGCUGAGGAAGCUGGCCACCCGCAAGCUCACGGGGCCCAAGGUCAUAGAGCUGUGUCGCUGCGUGGAUGAGACGCAGGAGCCUGAGCUGGCGGGUCUCACUGCCCAAAGCCUCCGCUGUCAUCUGUCCUUCCACAAUUUCCCACUGACCUGCGCCGACCUGACCAGCCUGACCAAUGUCCUGGAGCGCAGGGAGGCCCCCAUCCAACUGGCCUUCGAGGGCUGCCCCCUGGAUCCCCACUGCCCUGAGGCUCUGGUAGGCUGUGGGCAGGUGGAGAAUCUCAGCUUUAAGAGCAGGAAGUGUGGGGACGCCUUUGCAGAAGCCCUCUCCAGGAGCCUGCCGACAAUGGGGAGGCUGCAGAAGCUGGGGCUAGCAGGAAGUAAGAUCACUGCCCAAGGCAUCAGACAUCUGGUGAAAGCUUUGCCCUUGUGUCUGCAGCUGGAAGAGGUCAGUUUUCAGGACAACCAGCUCAAGGACCAGGAGGUGCUGAACGUCGCGGAGGUACUCCCUUGCUUGCCCCGGCUCCAGAAGCUCGAACUGAGUGGCAACAGCAUCUCUGUGUCCACCCUGCUCUCCUUGGCAAAAGUGGCAGUCUUGUGCCCUACCGUCGGGACGCUGCAGGUCAGGGAGGCGGACCUCAUCUUCCUUCUUUCCCCACGCGCAGAGACGGCUGUAGAGCUACAAAGAGCCCCAGACCCGCAGGAAAAUGACAGCCAGAGGAAAGCGGCUCAGAGCAGAAGCCUGACACUCAGGCUCCAGAAGUGUGAGCUCCAGGUCCAUAAUGUGGAAGCCCUCAUAGCCCUGCUCCUGGAAGGCCCCCCUCUGGAAGAAGUAGACCUCUCAGGGAACCAGCUGGAAGACGAAGGCUGUCGGCUGAUGGCAGAGGCUGCGCUGCGGCUGCGCAUCACCAGGAAGCUGGACCUCAGCGACAACGGGCUCUCGGUGGCCGGGCUGCACUGCGUGCUGGGCGCAGUGAGCACGUGCAGGACGCUGGCAGAGCUGCACAUCAGCCUGCUGCACAAAGCUGUGGUCCUCACGUUUGCCCAAAAGUCGGAGGAGCAGGAGGGACCCCAGAAGAGCGCUGCAUUUCUUGACAGCCUCAUGUCCCAGGUGCCCUCUGAGCUGCCCCUGAGCUCCCGCAGGAUCAGGUACAGUGAUGGCCUCCGGGCCCCGGGUGUCAUUCCAGCCCCUUCCCUUUCUCUGCUCAGAGCCUGUCCCCAAAAACUGUCCCUAGGCCCCAUACACUUCUCAGGCAACGCUCUAGGGGACGAAGGUGCGGCCCUGUUGGCUCAGCUGCUCCCAGGGCUGGGCGCUCUGCAGUCCUUGGACCUCAGCGGGAAUGGCUUCUCCCUGGACGCUGCGCUCACUUUGGCCCGGUGCUUCUCUGCGCUGCAGUGGCUCUUCCACCUGGACAUCAGCCUUGAGAGCCAGCGCGUCCUCCUGACAGGUGCCAGGAGAGGCAGGGAUAUACGUGCUGGUGGAUUUUCGCCGGAGAUCCCAGCUGGAGCCGAGUUCUCGGGGUUCGGUCAGCGCUGCGCCCCCAGGAGCUUCUGCCUCAGGGAGUGUCAGCUGGAGCCCCCGAGCCUCACCCGCCUCUGUGCGACUCUGGAGGAGAGCCCGGGGCCACUCGAAGUCCAACUGUCCUGUGCGGUCCUGAGUGACCAGAGCCUGGAGACCCUGCUGCACUGCCUGCCCCGACUCCCUCACCUGAGCCUGCUGCAGCUGAGCCAGACGGGGCUGCCCGCCAAAAGCCCUUUCCUGCUGGCCGACAUCCUCGGCCCGUGCCCGAGGGUUCAGAAGGUGGAUCUCAGGUCCCUGCAUCAUGCAGCCCUGCAUUUCAGACCCAGCCACGAGCGGGAAGGCGUGUGCUGUGGGUUUACGGGCUGCGGCCUCCGCCAGGAGCAUGUGGAGCCACUGUGCUCGCUGCUGAGCAAGUGGGAAGACCUCGGCCAGCUGGACCUCUCAGCAAACCUGCUGGGCGAUGACGGGCUCAGGUGCCUUCUGGGAUGCCUGCCGCGCGUGCCCAUCUCCGGCUCACUUGAUCUGAGUCACAAUGGCAUCUCUCGGGAAGGUGCCCUGCACCUGGUGGAGACUCUGCCCGCCUGCUCGCGUGUCCUGGAGGCCUCGGUGAACCUGGGCUCCGAGCAGAGCUUCCGGAUUCGCUUCUCCAAGCAGGAGGAGGCUGGGAAGACGCUUAGGCUGAGCGAGUGCAGCUUCGGGCCAGAGCACGUGCCCAGACUGGCCACCGGCCUGAGCCAGUCCCUGCAGCUGACGGAGCUCACACUGACCCAGUGCUGCCUGGGCCGGGAGCAGCUGAUGGUUCUUCUGAGCCUGGUGAGGCGACCAGCUGGGCCGCUCUGCCUCAGGGUGGAAGAGCCAUGGGUGGGCAGAGCUGGGAUGCUGGCCCUGCUAGAAGUCUGCACCCAGGCCUCCGGCAACAUCACUGAAAUAAGCAUCUCCGAGACCCAGCAGCAGCUCCGCAUCCAGCUGGAAUUUCCUCACCAGGAAGAGGACCCGGAGGCUGUGGCCCUCAGGUUGGCUCACUGUGACCUUGGGACCCACCACAACCUUCUCGUCAGGCAGCUCAUGGAGACAUGCGCCAGGCUGCAGCAGCUCAGCUUGUCCCAGGUUAACCUCUGUGAUGACGAUGAUGCCAGCGUCGUGCUGCUGCAAAGCCUCCUGCUGUCCCUCUCUGAGCUGAAGAAAUUCCGGCUGACCUCCAGCUGUGUGAGCACCAAGGGCCUCACCCACCUGGCCUCCGGUCUGAGCCACUGCCACCACCUGGAGGAGCUGGACUUGUCUAACAAUCAGUUCUUCGAGGAGGGCACCGAGGCGCUGGUGCGGGCCCUAGAGGGGAAGUGCAGGCUGAAGAGGCUCGACCUCAGCCAUCUGCCGCUGGGCGGCUCCACCCUGGCCGUGCUCACUCAAGGACUAAGCCACAUGACCCUCCUGCAGAGCCUCCGACUGAGCAGGAACAGCAUCAGUGAUCUCGGUUGCUGCCACCUUUCUGAGGCUCUCAGAACUGCCACCAGCUUAGAGGAGCUGGGAUUGAGCCACAACCAGAUUGGAGACGCUGGUGCCCAGCACUUAGCCGCCAUCCUGCCGGGGCUGCCCGAGCUCAGGAAGAUAGACCUCUCAGCGAAUGACAUCGGCCCCGCUGGGGGAGUGCAGUUGGCAGAGUCGCUCACUCUUUGCAGGCACCUGGAGGAGCUGAUGCUGGGCCACAACGCCCUGGGAGAUCCCACGGCCCUGGGGCUGGCUCAGGAGCUGCCCCAGCACCUGCGGGUCCUGCACCUGCCGUCCAGCCAUCUGGGCCCGGAGGGGGCGCUGAGCCUGGGCCAGGCCCUGGAUGGAUGCCCACACGUGGAAGAGAUCAGCUUGGCAGAGAACAGCCUGGCCGAAGGGGUCCCACAUUUCCGUAAGGGGCUCCCGCUGCUCAGACAGAUGGACCUGGUUUCCUGUAAGAUUGACAACCAGACUGCCAAGCUCCUUGCUGCCAGCUUCCUGCUCUGCCCGGCCCUGGAAGUAAUCUUGCUGUCCUGGAACCUCCUCGGGGACGAGGCAGCUGCCGAGCUGGCCCGGGUUCUGCCGCAGAUGAGCCGGCUGAAGAGAGUGGACCUGGAGAAGAAUCAGAUCACAGUGCGUGGAGCCCAGCUCCUGGCUGAGGGGCUGGCCCAGGGGUCUGGCAUCCAAGUCAUCCGCCUCUGGAAUAACCCCAUUCCUGCCGACAUGGCCCAGUGUCUGCAGAGCCAGGAGCCCAGGCUGGACUUCGCCUUCUUUGACAAGGCCCCUCAGAAUACUUGACGGCCCCCUCAAGACAUUCAGAAUCCAGCCGAGUGACGCCAACUUCACCCACAGGGACAGAGGGAUCAGGAGAGCCUCAGCAGCGUGCCCAGGAGGGAGGGGCACGUUGGUCCUGCUACAGUCCUCAGGGAGGACUUUUUUGGGGACCUAGAGCCUGGUCCAGCCAAGGGAGCACUCCGCAUCACAUGUGACAUGGGUGACCAGUUGGGGACGUGGCACCAUGAGAGUGUCAUGACAUAAUACGUGACACGUAAGGUUAUACGUGGCAGUAUGACCUUUUGACACAUGGCAUUACGUGAAACGUGCAGCGUGGCACGUGGUCAAUAGCUGGGUCUCAGCGCCACAGGUGGCAGGAUGCAUGACUGGUGAACCAUAUAUGACACAUGACAAAUGUCCAUGUCACAUGACAUGUGGCUGGCUGGCUGACCUCAGGCUGGCUCAAGAUCUAAUUUAUUACUUUUUAAACCAAUAUGUAUUUAUAGAUUGCACUUCCGGCUUGGCUGAGCCGGGGAAAGUCUUCUGCUCUGAGCUGGGAGGGAAGAGUAUCCAAGCACUGACCAGCCAGUGGCCCAAGGGCCGGGGCUCAGGAACAAGCAGGGAUUCAGCCACAAGGUCCCCUCCUGCUUCAAGCCUCCGUUUCCCAUCUGUAACCUGGAUUAUCUGUCUCCCCCUUAAAUAAUGGCUUCCAAGGACUUUGGGCCCAGGUCUGGGCAGAUCCAGCCUGACCUUGGGAGUGACGGGCCCAGUUUAUCCUGCACAAGGGACAAAGCCAGGUCUAACGGUGGGAGUGUGCACUGCCAAGACGUUUAGUCAAAUCCACUGGAUGCAGCUACUACCUCAGCAGGAUGCACGUGCGCCCCAGGAGCUACACAGUGUUCUCGUUACUUCCAAGGAGGACAAGGGUGGCUCUGCUACACUCUAAGCCUCCAGUCCCCAGCCCCCAGGCCCUGGCCCAGUACCAGUCCGUGGCC